AAAGUAAACACAACAUGAUUUCUCAGUAGUUAACCAUUAAUCAGAGAUUCAGAAGCUUUAUAAAAACACCAAACAGCAUCAAGUCAGAGAACUAGAGGCAGUGUAACAGAACCAGGAUGACUUUCACUCUGUGGUUGUUACUGUGGUUCUGUGGUUUAACUUUGGCCCAGGAUGGUUUACCUCAAACAGAAGUCGCUACUGAAACUGGGUCAUGCUUUCCUGAUAUGUGUAAGUUCCUCAAAGAGUUUGGAGCCAUGAAAGAGAAACAAGAAGCCAUGGAAACGAGACAGAAGGAGACUGAAAACCAGGUUCUAGAACUGAAGAAGAAAGAAGUGUCCAACAUAGCAUUUAGUGCUGCAGCUGGUGGCAGUGGACACAUUGGACCCCUCAGCAUAGACACAACAUUAAUCUACAGAAGAGUAAUAAUCAAUGUGGGCAAUGCCUACAAUCAGCACACAGGUAUAUUUGCUGCACCAGUUCCAGGCAUAUACUACUUCACCUUCUUUUGUCAUGCCGGAGGAUCACAAGUUGUGAGUCUAGCCCUGAUGAAGAACAAUGAGGUUGUUGUGACUGUCUAUGACCACAAAACAUCAUAUGAUGGGGCUGAUAAUGGAGGCAAUGCAGCUUUCCUGCAACUGCAGCAAGGAGACCACGUGUACAUCAGGUUGGGUGCGAACAGUCAUGUCUGGCAGAACGAUCACAUCACCACUUUCAGUGGCAUUCUUCUGCGUCAACUCUGAAAUAAACUAUAUAAGCUAUGCUACUAUACACUUAACGUAUAAGCUUUAUAAGAGAUUUCUUGUCUCCAAACUAAAUUUUCUAUCUUAAUAACCCUCGAGUCAUUUAUUGUAUGUGCACACAUCGGAAUUAAUCAAGAAUUCAAAUUGUACCUGAUGAAGAAUGAUCUUGGAAUAAUUUCUGCAAUAAACCAUUCCAGUUUACAAUUUUUCUUUUUUACUUCUGAUUUUCAGUUGUAAAUUCUGACAUUUUAAAGAACGGUAGAGAAAGCAAAAGAAUGUCUACAACACUUUUUAUUAGAAGAAUUUGUAAAUGGAUCUGAUUGUACUUGUAUAUGUUUUUUUAAGGCUUCAGUGGUUAAGAUAAGAAAAAAAAGGCCCGCAAUCAAUGUGGUGUCUCUUAAAUGACUAAAUUAUUUACGGACAAAAAUCUUUGUGUCACAAGAACUUAUAAUUAAACACAUUCUGAA